AUGGUGCUCUUCGACGAGGAUCCCGUCACGCUCAUCUCGGAAACUACAACACAAUUCCACAUCGCACCUGACAAGGACAGUCUCACACGUAUAUCUGGCUCACUUUCCGCUCUUCAAAACACCCGCGCAGCGCGUCUGGAUCAACAUACAACGAUCCUCAAGAACCUGUCGCGGCGGCUCAACACGCUUCAGAGCCAAGUUGGCUUCGAAGAGGAGCGACAUGAUGCCGGCAAACAUGCAGCAGAAAUGCUGAGGAUGGACACGGAGAAGUUCCGUGUAGCGAAAGGUGUCAGUGAGGUGGAGUGGGAGGGUGAGAGGCUGGGAAGUGAAGCCGCUUCGUUGCGAGGCGUACUGGAGGGUCUCGAGCGCGAAGGUGUAGAGGGCGGGCGAAGAGCAGGUGCUGAGGCGGAGGACGAGAUUGUGCUCAAGUUACAGUUCUAUCGAUCCCUUGGCAUCGAUGUUUCGCAGGAUGCGACUACCGGUGACUUCCAUCGCGCAGUCAUUCGAAACACUGCGCGAGGAGACGUCAACGUGGUCAACGUGGACAGCAAGUUACCGCAGAGCUUUUAUGCGAAUAUGUUUUGGGACAGUCUUUGA